AUGCGACUAAUCUCCCUCAACCUCUUCCGGUCUUUGGCCCCCGAAGUCAACCCUCAUGGGGAUGCAUUUGAUCCGGAUGAGGAUGAGCCGGUUCUGGAGCCGGCCUGGCCGCAUUUGCAGUUGGUAUACGAGCUGUUUCUUCGGUUCAUCGAGUCGGCCGACUUCAACUCCAAAAUCGCCUCGCGCUACAUCAACGAGCUCUUUAUUCAGGAGCUUCUUGCCCUUUUCGACGGCGAGGACCCGCGCGAGCGAGACUACUUGAAGACCACCCUUCACCGGAUCUAUGGGAAGUUCCUCCCCCUGCGGGCAUUCAUCCGCAGGGCCAUCAACGACGUGCUGCUGUCCUUCGUCCAUGAAACCGAGCGGCACAAUGGUGUGGCUGAGCUGCUGGAAAUCCUGGGAUCCAUCAUCAAUGGGUUUGCCCUGCCGCUCAAGCGCGAGCAUGUCAUUUUCCUGAAGCGCGUGUUGAUCCCCCUCCACAAGGCCCGCGCCCUGUCGCGCUUCCACCCGCAGCUGGCCUAUUGCGUGGCCCAAUUCGUGGAAAAGGAUCCCUCUCUGGCCGAAGUGGUGCUCCGCGGCCUGCUCCGGUACUGGCCAAAGACCAACAGCCCCAAGGAGGUGAUGUACCUCACCGAGGUGGAGGAAAUUUUGGACGCCACCGAGCCGGCCGCCUUUGCCAGGGUCAUGAUCCCGCUUUUCCAGCAAAUUGCCCGGUCCACGGCCUCGCUACACUUCCAGGUGGCCGAGCGGGCCCUGCAUUUGUGGAACAACGAGUACCUGGUGUUUCUGGUUCAGCCGGCCGUGGAACAGAUCCUGCCGAUCAUCUUCCCAGCCCUGUACCGGAGCUCGCGGAAUCACUGGAACCGCAAUCUGCAUGGCCUCGUUUACAAUGCCCUCCGCCUGUUCAUGGAGAUCUGCCCGGCCCUGGUGACCGAGUGCACGGCCCGUCUUGCGCGGGAGAAGGAGGCCGCCGCCGCCGAGCGGCGCUCACGCACGGAUGCCUGGAAAACCAUCUAUGAGCGGGCCCUCCAUAAUGCGGCCACCCUUGGUCUUCCGGAGCCCGACUGUCCGUGGAAGUCGCCGGAUGGCGGCGAGUCGCCGGAUGGCGGCAUCGGCUGGGGUGGCUUCGGCCUCUUCGGCGAUGUGGAGGAUUCGGAUCUGGACUACUACCACCACCAGCAGCAGUAUCAGCAGGCACAGCAGCAAGCACAGGAGGCCGAGCAGCAGCACCAUCACCAGCAGCAGCAGCAGCAGCAUGCACAGGAGGCGCACUUCCAGCAGCAGGCGGCAGCCGAGCAACACCAUCAAAUGCAGCAGCACAUGCAGCAGCAGCAGCAGCAGCAGCAACAGCUCCUCCAGUUCCAGGCGCAACAGCAGCUCCUGCAGUUCCAGGCACAGCAGCAGCAAUUCCACCAGCAAUUCCAGCAGCAACAACAACAGCAGCAGCAGCAGCAGCAAAUGGAUGCCGGGACGUUUGUGUCCGGGCACUUCCAGCAGCAGCCGGCCACGCAACCCGGGCCUGGCCUGGGCGAUGGGUCCUUCCUUCCAGCCGGGUCUGGAGGCGAUGCCCUGCUGGGGCCGGAUGAGCUGGCUCUCCACUACCAGGCCAUGAGCCUCGGCAAUGAGGGCCAGUUCCAGGAGCAGCAAAUGCCGGAAAUGAUGAUGAUGAGUCACCACCACCACCAGCAGCUCCUCCUCCAGCAGCAGCAGCAGCAGCAGCAGCAGCAGCACUUUUCCUACCAGCAGCCGCUUCACCACUUCACUUCAGAUUCUAUUGAUGACCACCACCUUUCGGCACAGACGCAGGAGGCAUCUCUCGCUGGGAACUUCGACCCGGCGGCCAGCCAGCAGUCGCAUCAAGCCAGCUCGGCGAGCGACCUGGAUGGCUCGAUUGGUGGCGACAUUUCAGGGAGCACAUGCGUUGCGGAGACUCUGCCCCCAUCGGUCUCAUCGUCAUCAUCCUCAUCGUCAGUCUCCUCAUCGGCCCUUUUGGCGGAUGGUGGCCGCCUAGAGCCGGAGUCCGGCCCGGGAUCGGGAUCCGAAGUCCACUCUCCGGCUGGGGCCAUUUCGGUGCCCGGGGGGGAUCGGUCGCGUGCCGGUCUUGAUGCCACGUGCCAGUCCUCUCCCCCGGGCGGCUCGCUGUCACCCUCGCAGCAGCCGCUCACUUCUCCGAAUGCCGCUGCUGUGGGAACAGGCAUGAUUCGCGGCUCGGGCGGGCUGGUCCUGCUGCCGCCGCCGUCGGAUGCCCCGCCUCCUGGCUUCAACCCGCACGUUCGGAGAAAGUCCACCCUGCCGAUGGACCACCAGGUGCUGACAAUGCUCCAGCGCCACCGGUCUCUGGAGGACGUGCUGAUGAACCCGCCCGAGGCGGCCGACCCCAGCGUCGCCUUCAGCGCGGUGUCUUCCUCUUCCUCCUCCUGCACGUCGUCCGAUGGCGGCGUCUACGACCCCUCGUCGUCGCAGCACGGGAGCCCUUCCGUGGGGGAGCUCUCCUGCACCGGGUCCGCCAGCCCGGGCUACGAGGAUCUGGUUGCCGGCAUGGUGUUGGGCUCCGCGUCGGUGUCGGCCGACACGUCUGACAGCAUGCCCAUCUCGCCGGACGGCUCGGAGCUGGCCGACACUUCGGUUUCCCGGGCGGCCGGUGCCGACACCAAGGGUGACGAUGAGCGGUUCUAUUCCGACACCUGAGCGAAUGUAUGUCUGUAUAUAUAUAUAUGGUAUAUAUCUAAGGAUAUGCGUGUGUGUGGGAGUGGAAGUGGAAGUGGAAGUGUGUCUGUGUAUGUGCAUGUGUGUGGAAGUGUGCAUGCCUGCCUGUGCACGGACGGCUGGCCAAGUAGCGUCCCCCCCCCCUCUCUCUCUCUCU